AUGUCAUCAUCUGUAUCGAGUCAGCCACAGUUCCGUCUUACCCAACCGCCGUCUAAGGUGUUGCAUUUGAGAAACCUGCCGUGGGAGUGUACUGAAGAGGAAUUGGUUGAGCUUGGAAAGCCGUUUGGUAAAGUUGUUAAUACCAAGUGUAAUGUUGGACCGAAUAGAAAUCAAGCUUUUAUUGAAUUUGCGGACUUGAAUCAAGCUAUUGCGAUGAUAUCAUAUUAUGCAUCAUCCUCGGAGCCUGCUCAAGUGCGAGGGAAGACAGUUUACUUGCAGUAUUCUAAUAGGCAGGAAAUAGUGAACAACAAAACAACAGCUGAUGUUGGUGGAAAUGUGUUGUUGGUUACCAUUGAAGGGGCAGAUGCACGCCUUGUCAGCAUUGAUGUUUUGCAUCUGGUAUUUUCUGCCUUUGGGUUUGUUCAUAAGAUUACUACCUUUGAGAAGACAGCUGGAUUCCAGGCUUUGGUGCAAUUCUCCGAUGCAGAAACUGCCUCUUCUGCUAAAAAUGCCCUGGAUGGAAGAAACAUCCCUAGUUAUCUGCUUCCUGAACAUCUUGGGCCGUGUACUCUUAGGAUCACAUAUUCUGCUCAUACAGAUUUGAGUGUAAAAUUCCAGAGCCAUCGGAGCAGGGACUACACCAAUCCAAAUCUUCCCGUUGCACCAUCAGCAAUAGAUGCAAAUGGAAUGUUCAGUAUGGGCCUUGACGGGAAAAAACUAGAGCCUGAGAGCAAUGUUCUUCUUGCAUCAAUCGAGAACAUGCAGUAUGCUGUCACAUUGGAUGUUUUACACAUGGUCUUUUCUUCUUUUGGUCCUGUACAGAAGAUUGCCAUGUUUGAUAAGAAUGGCGGACUUCAGGCUUUAAUUCAAUACCCUGAUGUCCAGACAGCUGUUGUUGCCAAGGAAGCAUUGGAAGGACACUGCAUCUAUGAUGGAGGUUUUUGCAAACUUCACCUCUCGCACUCACGCCAUAAUGAUCUCAGUAUAAAGGUCAAUAAUGAUAGGAGCAGAGACUACACAAUUCCCAACAAUGUAAUGGUGAACCCCCAGCCUUCAAUUCUAGGGCAGCAGCCAGUUGCAACCCAUGGUCCUCCUGGUCAUCCAUACACUGGAGCUCAGUUCGCUCCAAAUACAAGUCAUUCAAUGAUGCCUCAGCCUUCUGCUGGAUGGGCCACAGGCGUUCCACCGGUACCCCAUUCCAUGCCUGGCCAGAUGAACAAUAAUCCUUACUUGCCACCUGGAACUAUGCCACCUCAAAUGGGCCAUGGAAUGAUGCAGAUGCCCAGCCAUGGUGGCCCACCACAUGCUCAUGCGAUGCCCCCUUAUAGACCUGAUCACAUGCAAUAG